AUGGAGUCAGGCGGGAUCCGGCAGGCUCAGCUGGUCUCCCCGGUUGCUGCCGAAGCGCGAGACGGUCCACUAAGUCCCAAUAUGGCAGAUGGAGUAACCCCUCUCUCUCCCGAAACGGUGGAGGCUCGUUCAUUCCAGCCACCAGUCUGUGAUCCAGCUGGAUUUAAAGAUGUCAUUCCUGCACAGGAGCUCUUCAUCUGUAACAACCGAUGUGCAAUCAAGAGUCUUGAGGAGGAGGAAAUGACAAUUAAUAUCCCACCAUGCGACACUUCAGAUUCACACCAACCAGCUGGGAAGGAGGAUUUGGAGUGGUCAAGAAUAAAAGUACAGGCUGAACAGCGACACGUACGCGAGUUGGCAGCCCAAUGGAUAACAGACUUGACGUACGCAUUUUUCCCCUUCGCUUUGCUUGGACAACUUCCGGUCACGGCAUUUCUCCUUUUGCAUCUCCUGCGCACUGUGUGCUGUGCAAAGAAAUAUAGCGAAAUCUUUCUUGUCACAUACAUUACCUAUUUCACAGCAGAGGACUGCAGUGCUGCUGUACAAACCUCUUCUGCAGCAGCCAAUGUCCCUCAUCUGCCUGUCUCACAAUCACUUAAAGGUCCAAAAGACUCCAGUGCUGCUGUACAAACCUCUUCUGCUGCAGCAAAUGACCCUCAUCUGUCUGUCUCACAAUCACUUAAAGGUCCAAAAGACUCCAGUGCUGCUGUACAAACCUCUUCUGCAGCAGCCAAUGACCCUCAUCUGCCUGUCUCACAAUCACUUAAAGGUCCAAAAGACUCCAGUGCUGCUGUACAAACCUCUUCUGCAGCAGCCAAUGUCCCUCAUCUGCCUGUCUCACAAUCACUUAAAGGUCCAAAAGACUCCAGUGCUGCUGUACAACCUCUUCUGCAGCAGCCAAUGUCACUCAUCUGUCUGUCUCACAAUCACUUAAAGGUAACACUUAUACUACCAACUCUCUAUCUGUCCAUUCUUCCAUCCAUACAUCCUCCCUACCAUCCAUCCAUACGUCCUACCUAGACCUGUCCAUCUGUCUGUCUGUCCAUUCAUCAUUCAGUCAGCAUAUUCUGUCUAUC